GCGAUCCCCCGUGUAGGAGUGAGGUGGAGGAGGACAUUCCAGGAGAUGUAACCACAGAAAAUCCCAGUAAGAACUCUGAGGUAAACUUCAUGUUAUCGCUAAAUUAUGAAAUAGAAGAUAAAGACAUCAUGCAGUUCUCUUUAGGAAAAAACAUUAAUCUACAUCCAGGACUUUACAAUGCAGAUCAGUCAUCUAAUCGAUCUAAUCCUGCUGACUAUGAGAAACUGUCUCCUGACCAAUCACAGAUUGUUACCACAAGUAUACUUCAGAAAAGGGGUAAAAGGUUCCAGUGUGGCAAUGAAUUCACAAAAAGUCUUUCUACACAAAGAAUAAUUCAGAAAGGAGAGAAGCCAUAUUCAUGUUCCGAAUGUGGGAAGUGUUUUACACAGAAAUCAAAGCUUGUUAAUCAUAAGAGAAGUCAUACAGGAGAGAAGCCGUACUCAUGUUCAGAAUGUGAAAAAUGCUUUUCAGAAAAAUCUAAUCUUGUUAGGCAUGAAAAAAGUCACACCAGAGAGAAGCCAUAUGCAUGUUCAGAAUGUGAGAAAUGUUUUACACAGAAAUCAAAGCUUGUUAAUCAUAAGAAAAGCCAUACAGGAGAAAGGAUGUAUUCAUGUUCAGAAUGUGGGAAAUGCUUUUCAGAGAAAUCAAAUCUUGUUAGGCAUGAAAGAAUUCACACUGGAGAGAAGCCAUAUUCAUGUUCAGAGUGUGAGAAAUGCUUUUCAGAAAAAUCAAAUCUUGUUAGGCAUGAAAAAAGUCAUACCAGAGAGAAGCCAUAUUCAUGUUUAGAAUGUGGGAAAUGCUUUUCAGAAAAAUCAAGUCUUGGUAAACAUGAGAGAACUCACACAGGAGAGAAGCCAUAUUUAUGUUUAGAAUGCGGAAAAUGUUUUACACUUAAACAAAGUCUUGAUUAUCAUAAGACAAUUCACACAGGAGAGAAGCGUUAUUCAUGUUCAAAAUGUGGGAAAUGUUUUUCACAUAAAUCAAGUUUUGUUAGACAUAUGAGAAGUCACACAGGAGAGAAACCAUAUUCAUGUCCAGAAUGUGGGAAUUGUUUUACACAUAAACCAAGUUUUGAUAAUCAUAUGAUAAGGCACAUAGGCAAGAAGCCAUAUUUAUGUCCAGAAUGUGGAAAAUGUUUUACAAAUAAACCAAGUUUUGAUAAUCAUAUGAUAAGGCACACAGGAGAGAAGCCAUAUUCAUGUUCAGAAUGUGGGAAAUUUUUUACACAAACAUCAAAUCUUAUUAGGCAUGAAAGAAUUCACACCGGAGGGAAGCUAUAGUCAUGUUUAGAAUGUGGGAAAUGUUUUACACACAAAUCAAGUUUUGUUACACAUAUGAAAAUUCACACAGGAGAGAAACCAUAUAUAUGUUCACAAUGUGGGAAAUGUUUUAGACAAAAGUCAGAUCUUGUUAGACAUGAGAGAAAUCACACAGGAGAGAAGCCGUAUUCAUGUUUAGAAUGUAGGAAAUGUUUUACACAAAAAUUAAAUCUUGUUGCACAUCAGAGAUUUCACAAAGGAGAAAAGCCACUUUGAUAUUUUAGGAGUGGAAAAUGAUUUGUAUUGCCUCCUGCGGCUGGGACUUAAUUGUACACAACUUUUAUGUCACCUGUCGGUCUGUGUGAACCCACUGUGUCUUUUAUAUACCUUUUAUGUAGUUGUGACCUUUUUUCCCACGGUUUCUCUGUAAUUUUGAUCAUGUUUGUUCAUGGGGAAUGAGUAGCAUAAAACAUUUUACAAGUAUUAAAACAUGAUUUAUGCUGAUUCACAUACAUGAAACAUGAUCUCUUG